UUAUUUAUUAUUUGGUCAGUGGUUUGGUUGGUUGUGUUUUUAAUGUUUUUGUCGAGUUGUCGACACACUAUCACCUUGAACUUCUCGCUCUCGUUUCUCUCAUUCACGUGUUUGUUCAUAAAACUAAAACUUUUAUGGAUUUAAUUUCCUAAAAGUGUGAUAUAAUGAUAUCUGUAUCUGAAUACUUCUGCAUAGUGUAUGAUAACAUAAGACCAUAACAGACUCGCGUAAACAACUCGUGUACAUUUCAAGAUGAGCCAACAACUGCUGACUGCCUAUUACAAGACCAGUAAAGUCCCGGAAACCGAUAGCUCCAUGAAAAGACACAGCUUGAGUCUUCGUAAGUCGGUAUCAACAGCCAAAAGGAAACUCGAAAUUAAGCCAGACCCUGACGGCGACAGCACCAUCGUUAUCUCAAGUGAUGACGAUAUCGAUAACAAAAACUUUCUGCUCAAGGAUGAACCACCAAAUCUCUCUCAAGGCUCAGUCGAUUCUAAUACAUCCAGCCAGACUAUUUUGUAUAGCCCUGAGAUAUCAAUUAAAACAGAAAAAGAUGUACAAACUCUUCAUUCUGAGUCCAGCAGCCCAGUCUGCCCCCGGACACCUGCAACUACUCCGUCUAAGUCCUCUGUGACACCUUCAAAGAGGAAAAAGUUCUUCUCUCCAAACAGUAAGCGAAGGGUCACAGUCAAGACCAAUCAGAAUCCAAACAAGCCAUAUUUGUCAGUAAAUAAAAGACUCUUUCAAAAUGUUGAUGUAGAUGAUGAGCCUUUUGUGAAGGCCAGUGAAGGUCUUGAUGAUAAAACAAUUUUCCUGCUCAGCAUUAUCAAUGACUUCUUGAAGUCUUCUAUGAAGAACUUGCUAUCGGAGCCGGCAGUCACCCUGUUGUCUGACUACUUCCACAUACCAAAGCUCGGCAUGAAGCUGGUCUGUAGACUGUACUGGAGGAAAGAGGGCUGGUAUAAGAAGGAGGAACUCGGUAAAAUAUGGGAUGAAAAACAUAGUGGAAAUUUAGAUGAAGUAGUGACCAACAGUAUGCUGACUGAAUUAGUGGAAAAAAAGUUCCUACUAGCUGGAUCCACAGACAACAUGACCUUCAAAGAACUCACCAACUUACUAAAAGCAGAUCAAAUAAAGGAAAUAUGCAAAGAGUUAAAGAUAAAAACACAGAAUAAGAAGAGUGCAGUGGAAGCCCUUGAAGACUUUGGUAGGAGGCCAUCUAUUGCUAAGUUUUUCACAGACACAGGAACACAGAAUAAUUCUAAGAGAGUGUUACAAAUUAUGAGAGAUAAAGCAGGCCCUUGCUACCAGCUGAGUGACCUAACUCGAGAAACACUGGGGAAACUGUACUUACUAAUGUACCUGAGCAUAGACUAUGACAUUAUCAGGACAAAGAAACUAGAGUUUAUGCUCAUAAAUGAGAAGAUAUUGAGAGAGACCUUCCCCGUAGAUCACAGCUUGAAAAUUGAUAAUGCCAGUUUAGUGUUUGAAAAUGCAGAGGAGUUUGAAAGGUAUUGGACGGCACACUGCUUACACGAAGAGUUUCUUGCGUGCGAAAAGCACCCAGAAGAAAGGUGCAAUUAUGUGACACAAGUGUACCUUAUGUACCAGGAUAUUCCUGCCGAUUGUUUAAUACGUUAUAAAUCGCUACCAAAAUGGCUACAGAGGUUCACACCGGCGAGCAUUUAUCUUAAAAUAAUGGAUAUUGGAAUUGCGGACCUGAAAAGGAAAAAAUGUCCAGAAAAUUCCUUGUUUGCCGUAGAGGUAUUGAACUGUCUGUUGGCGCAAACAUUCAAACAGUAUAAGAAGGGCGACUGGUACGCGGAAAAGGCAUUGAUUCUUCAUUCUUACCUCAGUAAACCUGAAGAAGCAGCCAAAGUACUUAUUGAAGGGUUCGAGGCAGACAUAUCCGAUAUAGCCAAAGACUGCAUGAGACCGCGAGCCAAGAAAAUAGCUCAUCAGAAGAACAUACACUUGGAUGACAACACCAGACAAACUUUACUGGCAUUUUCUACCAAAGAAACUAUCAUGGAGAACAAUAUACCGAGCAUACAUUUUUACAAACAACCGUUGGAUAACCCUACUAAAGGCAAAAUAAUGUUCGAAACUAAAACGGAGAACGGCAGAAUUACUCAAGGUGUGGAGGAGUACGCCAUCAGCGAGUACAUACUGAGCGGCGAGUACACGCACGGCCACCACUGCGAAGGGGCAAUAUUCUCUACCCUCUUCUCAUUACUAUUCUGGGACAUCAUCUACUCCGUACCAGCCACUGCUCCAGGAGUCUUCCUAUGUCGCUAUCAACGGUUUCCACUCGACAUGCACACUGAAGACUUCUACAAUAACAGGAGGGAAGCGAUAGAGGAGAGACUGAGGGUCAUAGAGAAUGCCAGCGAGGAGGAGCUGAUAGAUAUGAUGUGGCAAGUGUGGGAUACUAGACCGGAAUACGAGUUAUCCGGCAUCAGUCGCUCUCUAGGCUGGGAUUGCGUGGCGGGCGCGGCGGGCUGCCUGCGCGGCGCGCGCGCGGCCGCCGUGUGUCGCCGCGUGGCGCCGCGCCGCGUCUCCGGCGCGCCCGACCUAGUGCUGUACCAUGAGGGGACUAGACAGAUCAAGUUCGUGGAGGUAAAAAGCGACAUGGACAAGCCGUCGCUGCGGCAGAUCCAGUGGAUGCAGUUCCUACUAGCUCACGAUAUUCCGACUGAGUUCUGCUAUGUUGGAGCUAAUACUACUAGACAACGCAGUCGCCGCCCGCCCGCCGCGCCGAAAACACCUGCCUAGCAUAUAGGUAAUACACUCACGGGCAAUGAAAAGGUUCCACUAAGAUAAACACCAAAUUAUUUCUAAACGGAAAAGGCUAGCAUAAUUUCGCCUUCUACAACAUUGGAGUGCAUUUAACAGAGCAUCAGGAUGUUACUAACAAAACACGGUAAUAUUUUGUUCAAAUUUUAAUUUAAAUGUUUGAAAAAAAAUCGGUCGUUUGUGGUCGGCAUUUUCUGAGUUGAACUAUUUCUUUGCCCGUGAGUGUAGAAUGCAUUGUUAUUGUACGAGGAGGGAUAGGUGAAUGUGGAAACCAUUCCUGCUAGCUAGUCUGCAGAUAUUUUAAUCUAUUGUCAGAGAUAUUAUAUGGAUGUAUUCAGUAUGGGCAUCGUUUUCAAAGUCAAUGUAUUGAGUGUACCGAUAAAGGGCGACUCUUCUGCGCCAUAAAAAUGUACUCAAAAGUAUUUCAACUAAUUGGCUUGUUAAUUCUAUUGAAAUUUUAUCUGUGAUAAUGUUGAUAAAGGUGCGUUUUGGUUACUUUAUGAUAAAUGAUUUAUUGUUAGUUAUAAGCGAAGUUUUUACCAUUAAAAUAAUAAUGUUACGACAUAACUUACUUUUGUAAUUUAAUGUAAUGCAAUAAAAAGUACCAAUCAUUUUGUAAUUAUCGUUCGUAAUUUAUCGCAAUUUGGUUAACAUUUUAAACUCAAUAAUCUAGCCUAUGAUAAGUAUAUAAAAUUUCACACCUUUAACCUUCUCACAUACCAAGCUUUUAGGUUUGUAGUGAAAUAUCACUCACUCAUCUUUGGGCGUCUAACCUCCAUAUGAACAAAUUAUAUUGAAAAUACUGAAGCAAUUUAAUAAUUAAAAUUAAAUUGAUGCAGAAUGCAGAGGAUAACUACUAGGGAUAUGGUAGGAUAGGAUUUUCUAAAUAAAAGACAGUGAUAAGCAUUUUUACAGAUCA